AUGGCCACGAUCUCUCGUGCUCUCCUAUUGAUCGGUAGCGCCCUUGUAAUCUAUAUUGAACGAAGAUAUGUCAGAGAAGCAAUCACAUACUGGACCGGAUCUUCGACCAUCGCCGCCUUUAUCUUAUUAGGUUGCUCGUUAACAGCAUUUAUCCUCGCCCUGGGUAGCACUCUUCGCCCGCAGCUCAAGUUCAUAUGGCAUUGUUUUAUCCGCCCUCUUCGUGCAAGCGACCAGCGAACGAGAUUGGAUAAUUUUUACAAAGGCCAGGCGGAUGUUUAUGAUGCAACACGAAGUGGUCUUCUACGAGGCCGGAAUACCAUGCUCAACCUUUCAGCUAGCCAUAUCCGGACUAUGCAGGCCAAAAACCCCAAACAGAGAUUGAUCUGGGUUGAUAUAGGCGGAGGAACAGGCCAUAAUAUUGAGCUUAUGGAUAAGCACCUUCCGGUGUCCUCCUUCGACGCCAUUUAUCUCAUCGAUCUUUGUGAACCCCUUCUCCAGGUUGCCAGGGAGCGAUUUGCCAAGCGGGGAUGGACAAACAUCACAGUACUGUGUCAAGAUGCAAGCGAGUUUGCUCUUCCAGAAUGGGCACGGAGUGACCCGAAAGGGAGCGUAAACUUCAUAACGCUCAGUUAUUCCCUCUCCAUGAUACCCAACUUCUAUACCCUUUUAGAUCGUAUCGACUACGUUCUUUCCCCAGAGAACGGUCUUUUAUCUGUCGUCGACUUUUACACUUCUGGCAAACAGCCAUCAUUGCACGAGAAGGCCAUUGGAGGCACGAGCAAGGAAUGCGGUUGGCUUAGUAGGUGGUUCUGGCAGAUCUGGUUUGACUUUGACCAUGUUUCAUUGUCACCGCAUCGUCGAGACUACCUGGAAUACAAGUUCGGCACGGUCAAGACUUAUAACGGCAGAAAUCGCUUCGUUAUCCCAUUUAUCGUCCGCAUUCCCUACUACAUCUGGCUUGGUCGCUCACGUUCGUGUGAUGUAUCUCGUUUCUGUCAUGCCUUUGAAGUCGAAGGAGGCAACAUGCUUGGCAAUUCUUCACCGGCAUCUUUUACGACUAUUAAGGAUUCAGAAACUAUUCCGCCACUCGAGAUUGGGGAACCUGUUCUGAAUUCGCAGGCUUCUCACGCAGACGCACUUAUCACUGUGACACCACCUUUGAGCUCCUUUCACUAUCAUCUAGGAAAGCCUUGGAGGCUUCCGUACUAUGAGCAGGCAAUACACCAAGCGUUCAGAACGUUCAUAUACUCUUUUACAUGGGAGGAUCCUGAGGUGGAUAUGAAGUAUCUCGAUCUUGGUCCCGAAGACUCGAUGCUGGUGAUCACAUCAGCAGGUGACAAUGCUUUGCAUUACGCUAUAGCAGCGCAACCCAAGAGAAUUCAUUGUGUGGAUAUGAAUCCUUGUCAAGGUCAUUUACUAGAGUUGAAACUGGCAGCCGUACAAGCCCUCGAGUACACAGACUUCUUUUCCAUGUUCGGUAAUGGACAUCAUCCCAAAUUCCGUGCGCUCCUUGACUCCAAGAUCGCUCCCCUUCUCUCUUCCAUCGCCUAUCAAUUUUGGCACAUCAACGACGAUGCUUUCUUCAAAGCCUUCUAUUUGAAAGGAUACAGCGGCUGGGCACUGCGGCUCGCCAGAAUCGUCUUUUCAAUCGCUGGAGUAUCGAAAGAUGUGGAAGCUUUGUGCAAUGCAGGCAGUAUAGCUCAGCAGGAGCAGAUCUGGCGCGAGAAGCUAAGACCCGCCCUCUUGAACCCCGUCGUCAUUGCCUUGCUCAAGAGCCCAAUAUUCUGCUGGAACGCACUGGGAGUGCCCCUCAACCAGCGCCGCAUGGUUCUGGACGAAGGGUCCAUGUAUGAGUUCGUAAGAGAUACCCUAAACCCUUUACCAUCGACGUAUUCCUUCAAGGAUGGCGCUUACUUCUACCCAUUGACACUUCUUGGGCACUACACACCGUCCUCCUGCCCAGAAUAUCUGACACGCUCCGGAUUCCAGGCUCUCAGAGCUAAUAACGGCAAAGCUACCGAUGCGUUUAGACUGCACACUGAUUCGAUAUAUAACGUCCUACGAGGAUUGACACCUUGGUCUCUCACUCGAGCCGUUAUCAUGGAUCACCUCGACUGGUUCUCGCCAGGAUCCAAGGACGUCGAUGAUGAGGUUGACCAGUUUUAUCGUGUGCUUGCACCUGGUGGUUUCAUUCUCUGGCGUUCUGCAGCUAGGAAACCAUGGUACUGCGACGUAUUUGAGCGCAAAGGUUUUACCGUCACUGCUUUGGGAGUCAGGAAGGGGCCGGAGGUUCCACUAGACCGUGUCAAUAUGUACGCGUCAUUCUGGCGGGCGAUGAAGACGACUUAG